UUAGACACUAAAGACAUGUCAGAUGGUUGUGCUGUCUCGGUCAGAUGCCCUUUGAUUACUUCAGCAGUGUUUAAAGACAUUGAAAUUCGCUCGUUUGUUGCCCUUUUGGACUGUUAUUGCAAUGGCUGGCGAGGAUCAAGGUGACAAAAAACAGGGACUAUUGGGGAUUCCAGACAUCAAGAACACUGUAUGUGCCAGGGAAGCACUACUGCAUGGCGCAGGGGGGUCUUUAGUGGCAGGGCUCCUUCACUUCUUAGCCACAAGUAGAGUAAAGAGGUCAUUUGAUGUUGGCUUUGCUGGGUUCCUUCUGACAACAGUGGGAUCAUGGUGCUACUGCAGAUACGACAAUGCAAUGCAGCGUGUUCAACAAAGAAUGAUACAGAAAGGGAUAAAGAACAAAGUCAUGUAUGAAGGCACCAGUUUUGACCCCACACAGAAAGCCAACGUGGACGAUAAGAACUCCUAGCACCAAGACUACCAAGAGUUAAUCUCGCCAUUGUCACACACACACACUCACACACCUCUCUCUCUCUCUCUCUCUCUCUCUCUCUCUCUCUCUCUCUCUCUCUCUCUCUCUCUCUCUCUCACACACACACACACACACACAGACUUAUUUUCACUGUUAUUAAGACACACUUUUAAAAUGAUGCAUGUCUGAAUCUGAGGUAUGUAAAUAGUAGAAAACCUUUUCGAAGUCAUUUGGAUCCUUGACCAUUAAGCCAAGUGGUUAGAUUUCAAGGUGCAACAUACUGUAUAGUGUUACAAGUUCAAUGCAGUGAAAGGACAUUUUAAAUUAAGCGUUUUUCAGACUGCAUUCUAGCUAGUCUGUGCAUUUUAUGGUGAAUAUUCAUCAGGCCUACACCUCAUAACAUUGACGGGGAAGAUGUUGUAUAAUCAGGUGGCCAGUAGAUGGCAGUUCACACACUGGAAUACUAUGGAAUACAUCAGACAGCAUUUUAAGACAGCAUCAUGCGUAGUUGCUUCAGGACAGCAAAGGUGUCAAUAUGUUUUCCUUUCCUUUCAUUUCAGUCUCAAAGUGCACUUCAAAACAUUAAUAUAAGAGGUACAAUGAAAUAUUGCUCUUGUUUUGCUAUAUAGCUUAUUACAUUUUGUGUGAUGUUUAAUUAAAUGUUAAAAACAUUUUGACAGUUUGUUUUGAUGUUUAUUGAUUUUUAAUAUGUUAUUUCUGCUUGUGUGAAGUCAUUUAGACUUAACACCGAUUUUAGUUCACACCCAGAAAUCCUUCAAAGCCCGAGGUCGUCUCAUUCAUCUAACUGCAGCUAGAAGAGGCAGGAGAGAGUAGGGAGGUGGAAGGCCCGAUAGGUGAGGGAACACAAUGAGUAUCCUACACGGAAGCGUUUUCUGUCGGAAUUGUGCAAUCAUUGGUCCAAGAUGCCAAGGUAAAAAGUUCCCUCGUCUCCUCCCACGUCUAUCAACUUUCGGUUUCAAACAAGGUUGUAGAGAUUUAUUUGCGUCAAUAAUUUAGUAGAUUGACCAUUAAAGGACCUUUAUAUGC